UCUCCCUCCCCCAACUCCAUUCUCCCUCUCCCCUCUUUCCUUCCUUCCUUCCGCUCGCCAAAAAUAAAAUGGAAAUAAAACUUCUAUUCCUUCCCCUCCUCCUCCUGCUCCAUCCUUGCAUCUCGGCCGUCGAUUCCAACGACAUCACCAAUGGCGGCAAGCGCACGUAUAUUGUCCGCGUGGACCGCGACGCCAAGCCGUCCGUGUUCCCCACCCACGCCCACUGGUACGAGACCACUGUCGCCGCCGUCUCUGUCUCCACCGACGGCGCCGCCACCACCGCCUCCCGGACCCCCGGCGGCCUCCUCAUCCACACCUACUCCUCGGUCUUCCAUGGCUUCUCCGCCCGCCUCUCCCCCGCCGCUGCCGCUGCCCUCUCCUCCUUCCCCGGCGUCGUCGCCGUCCUCCCGGAGCAAGUCCGCCGCCCCCUCACCACCCGCUCCCCUAGCUUCCUCGGCCUCCUUUCAUCCGACCGCUCCGGCCUACUCGCCGAGACGGACUUCGGCUCCGAUCUCGUCGUCGGCGUCAUCGACACCGGCAUCUGGCCCGAGCGACGGAGCUUCUCCGACAGCGGCCUGGGCCCCGUCCCCUCCAAGUGGAAGGGCGUCUGCGUCCACGGUGCCGGUUUCCCUGCUACUGCCUGCAACCGCAAGCUCGUCGGUGCCCGCUACUUCUCCAGCGGCUACGAGGCCACCAGCGGCCGCAUGAACGAGUCCGCCGAGCUCCGAUCCCCGCUCGCCGCCUACAAAGUCUGCUGGGUCGCCGGCUGCUUCGACUCCGACAUCCUCGCCGCCUUCGACGCCGCCGUCGCCGACGGCGUCGACGUCAUUUCGCUCUCCGUCGGUGGCGCCGUCGUCCCUUACUACCUCGACGCCAUCGCAGUCGGCGCCUUCGCCGCUGCUGAGGCCGGGAUCUUUGUCUCUGCCUCCGCCGGCAACGGUGGCCCCGGGGGGCUUACUGUCACCAACGUCGCCCCCUGGGUCACCACCGUGGGCGCUGGCUCCAUGGACCGCGACUUCCCAGCCGACGUCAAGCUCGGCGACGGCCGCAUCGUUCCCGGCGUGAGCGUUUCCGGCGGCCCUGGCCUCGCCCCUGACCGCCUCUACCCCCUGAUCUACGCCGCCGCCACCGUCGGCGGCGCUGGCGACGGCUACUCGUCCUCCCUCUGCCUCGAGGACUCCCUCAACCCGGACGCCGUCCGCGGCAAGAUCGUCGUCUGCGACCGUGGCGUCAACACCCGCGCCGCCAAGGGUGAGGUCGUCCGCAAGGCCGGCGGCGUCGGAAUGAUCCUCGCCAACGGCGUCUUCGACGGCGAGGGCCUCGUCGCCGACUGCCACGUCCUCCCCGCCACCGCUGUCGGCGCCGCCGCUGGCGACAAGAUCCGCAAGUACAUCGCCGCCGCCAGUCCUCACUCGCCAGCCACCGCCACCAUCCUCUUCCACGGGACCCGCUUGGGGGUUCGGCCAGCGCCAGUGGUUGCCUCCUUCUCGGCCCGGGGACCGAACCCCCAGUCGCCGGAGAUCCUGAAGCCGGACCUCAUAGCUCCCGGGCUCAACAUCUUGGCCGCGUGGCCCGACGGCGUCGGCCCGGCGGGGAUCCCGUCGGACCGGCGGCGGACGGAGUUCAACAUUCUAUCAGGCACAUCAAUGGCGUGCCCCCACGUGUCCGGGCUGGCGGCGCUGCUCAAGGCCGCGCAUCCGGGGUGGAGCCCGGCGGCGAUCAAAUCCGCAUUGAUGACCACCGCCUACACCAAAGAUAACAGGAAUAUGACAAUGCUGGACGAGUCGACCGGGAAUUCCUCCGAUGUGUUCGACUUUGGUUCCGGCCACGUAGACCCCCAACGAGCAAUGGACCCCGGGCUACUCUAUGACAUCUCAUUGGUGGAUUAUGUGAAUUUUCUCUGUAACUUGAAUUAUACACAGCAGAACAUCAGGGCGAUCACGAGGCGGCCGGCGGAUUGCAGCAGGGCAAGGAAGGCCGGGCAUGCUGGGAAUUUGAACUAUCCGUCGUUCGCAGCGGUGUUCGUCGAUGAUGGGAGUGGAAAAAGCAUGUCGACGCACUUUAUAAGGACGGUGACCAACAUCGGGAGUGGCGGGGCGGUGUAUCGGGCAUCGGUGAGGGUGCCGGAGGGGAGCACGGUGAUGGUGGAGCCGAAGGAGCUGGUGUUUCGGAGGCCAGGGCAGAAGCUGAGCUUCAUGCUGAGGGUGAAGGCGGCGGCGGCGGCGGCGGCGGAGAAGUUGCCACCGGGGAGCUUGAGUGUGAGGAGUGGGGCAUUGACAUGGCGUGAUGGGGGUCAUAUUGUGAGCAGUCCAAUUGUCAUCACAAUGCAGGCACCUCUGUGAUGGCCUUGGAAGCAAAGAAGGCGCCCUUGUUUUGAUCAUAGUCUGAAUGAACCCUAGCUAGCUCAGGGAUUUAGAAGAACUACCAGAAUUACCUAGGGUUUUUGUUCUUUCCUUCUACCAUGCCCUUUUUUUGAAGUGAAGCUGAAGGGUUUUAAAAGGGUUUAUGAAGUAUAUAUAUAUAUAUAUAAAUAUAUAUGUAAUAAUAUUGAGAGUGUGGCUUCUAGCUUGGGAAAACGCAUUAGAGCACUGUAUACAUCAAAGAAGAGAAUGAUGCAACGAGAAGUGGAAAGAUCUACCCAAGGAAACAAGCAGUGGAAAGAAGAGAUGGAGGGAAAGAGGUAUGGUUCCAAAAUGCUACGGAGGUUUGUGGACCUAAGUGGCUAUGUUUGGUGGUAUGUUUCUUGUUGUCAUGUACUCACUUCAAUUAUUACACCGUGUCUUAGUGUUCCAUCUUGCUCUCAGUGCAUCCGACAGUCACGUGCAUGGUAUAUGUGAGGGCUUCUGUUUGCUUGCUUGUUUUGAUGUGGAGAGAGAACCUUGUCUGGAAAAAUUUUGGGUGGCGAGUUCGGCCACUACCAAAUGCCGCGUACCGCACUGCGCUUCUGAGAUGUGAUGGUAACCAGCUGUGCCUGCUACUUGAAAAGGUGGUAGUGAGCGUGAAACGGAUGUGUUGGUACCAGCAACAGUUAUUGAUAGCAGGAUUUUAUGGGUGCUGGGUUUGGAUGCGCUUCUGGAUGGAAUGAUUUGGAUUCAAAUGGAUGAAAGGUUUCCUUGUCUCUUAUCCAUAAUAUUCUGAAGUUUAAAAACGUUUAUAUAAGAAAUUCUGAUAAAAUGUUCUCAUACAA